CAAUAAUCUAAUAAGUAUGGCUGAUAAAAUCAAGUCUUUCUUUCAAAAGAAAAAAGCAAAUGUGAAGUUUAUGAAGGCUGGAAAAGGACACAAAUUGACAGAUUCUACCAGUACUAUAUGUACCUCAACAGAGCCUAAAGAACCAAUUAGAAGAGCAGAACCUACAGAAGAAGCUAAAAUAGCAGGUCAAGCAGCUUUAGCAAGAUUAGAAGCAAAAAAGAAUGACAAACCAAGAUUUAAUACAUCAUAUGCUGCUAUUCAAGCUCGUGUUAAGCGUGAAUUGGAAUUAGAAAGAAAAGCACAGCAGAGUUCACAGCAAACAGAAAACACGCAACAGAAAGAAAGAACAGAUAGCAUUGCAGAUCCUUCCAUUUUUGCAGUUGUUGAUGUAUUCUUUCGUUGCCCAUAUUUAUCUGAUGAAAUAUUGUUACGAGAAGAAUGGAAAAGGAAAAUAAGAGAAUUCCUGUAUGAGCAAUUAAAGGGAGAAGAAGCGGGAUUGACCGCAUGCUUAAUUAUUCAAAGUUGUAACACUGGAAAGGAAAAGAUCGAAAGCUGUGUAGAAACACUUGGCAAAUACUUGGACAAUAUCAUUAAUAAUCCUGACAUAGAGAAAUAUUGGAAAAUUAGGAUGUCUAAUAGAAUAUUUCAAGAAAAGGUUUUACCUGUUGAAGGAGCUUUAGAUUUCUUAAAAGCAGCUGGCUUUGAAGAGAAGAAAUUACUGCACAAUGAGAAUGAAGAAGACUUCUUAGUGUGGAGUCCUAAUAAUUGUGACAUCGAAGAACUUACAAUGUUGGAUGAAGCAUUAAAAUCUGCAGAACCUAUUCCUAUCGAAUUAGACAGAAAUUUACAAGUAUUAAUGCCUAGUCAAGCUCGCAUAAGAAAUGAAUUGCCACCCAGUUUUUUCACAAUAUCUUCAGAAGAAAUAAAAAGAGAGCAACAGUUGCGAACGGAAGCUGUAGAACGAAGUCAAAUGUUGAGAACAAAGGCUAUGAGAGAGAAAGAUGAGCAACGUGCAUUAAGAAGAUACAAAUUUGCUGUACUUCGUAUUAAAUUUCCUGAUGGAAUAAUAUUGCAGGGUACCUUCUCAGUAUAUGAGAAGUUCCAGAAUGUAAUUGAGUUUGUUGCUGAAAAUUUAAUCGAUAAAGUGCCCUUUUUGUUGGUGACACCCGACGGGAUUAAGUUAGUGGAAGAGUGUUAUGAUAAAACACUUUUAGAUUUACGAUUAAUUCCCACAGCUAUAUUGGAAUUUUCUUGGAAUCUAACUGAUAAAGAAAAUAUGCCUAAAGGAUACUUGAAAGAAUUUCUGCUUUCUUAUAUACAAUCAGUUUGAAAAUAAUAUUCUGAUGCAGUCAAUUAAAAACAUCUUUUUUAUA